AUGUCCUCUGUCGCGUCACCUAGGCGGCCAAACGACGAGAACUCCAUUCCCUCGCACAACCGCGACACUCUCUUCAGUCAGCCAUCCUACAAGCACCAACUACCAACCCCCUCGCCACGACACCGUCAGCCACUGGCGGCUCUGGACCAAAAGCCCAACCUGUACCCCACCCCGUUUACCCCCGGGCACGCGUCGCGUCGGGUGAGCAUGCCUCCGCUGGGCGGCGGCGCGUCUCUGCCAGCCGAUGCCACGCCCGUGCGAGGGAUCGCCACCAAGGUCGACCCCGACGCGCGUGAACUUCCUCUGCCGAAAGGACUCGUUCUCCCACCCCCACCCCCACCACCUCAGGCUCCAAUGUACGCUCCCAUGCCAACGCCUACUCAGUCUCGGACCGCCCCUCGUGGAGGUCACAUGCACCACCCACCACCGGUCCUCCACUCGACCCCGCUCCACCACGGCAGCCACUCAAACAUGGGCAUGAACCAGACUCCCCGGUCAAUGUAUCUGUCUCACCCUCAGAGCACGCCAGCGCGCUCCACGGUCAUGUCUUACUCUUCGCCCUCGACCAUGUCACACAUACCAUCAACCCCUGAUCUCCGUUCCCCUUACCCACCUGGGCACCCGAUCGACCUUCAUGACCUCCUCCCCCCUGCAAAGUGGCAUGGUCCGUUGCCACCAGCCUACCUCAACCAGGGUGACAUGCCAAGCGGGGACAACAACGACGACAAUGCCAGCGGUGGCGGUGGCGAGCCGACUCCCAGCAGCACCUCGUCGCGUCGUGCCCUCGUCUCGUGCAACCCUUGGGACUACAAGGUCGAGGACCACGGCAAGAACAAGCCUCGUCGCCGCUUCUCGCCUGGUGAACUCGACAUGCUCGAGAUUCUGUGGACCAUUUCCCGCAACCCUCACAAGUGGCAGAGACAGAAGCUUGCGCGCUGGUUCGGAUGCACGACGCGUCACCUGACAGUCUGGUUCCAGAACCGCCGCCAGGAUCUGAAGAAGGCGGAGAGCCUCGCCGCGAUGGCUGAGAGCAACCCGGACACAGCGUCACGCGCCCAUGCUGCCCUCAGCCGCGCCAACCGUAGUGACCAGCACAAGUUUACGCAAGAGCAGUCUCAGGUGAUCUUGGACAUUGUGUCGGACCGUCUGCACCCCGACAUGUUGGUACUGCAGCACCCCUCGGGCUCGUCGCCCACGCCACACCACCACCGCGGCACGCCUUCACCGCCUUCGCACAACUUGCCGCUCUCUGACCGCUCUCGCUUGGCGCCGUACACCCCGGCCCCACCGGCAAUUGCCCCCAAGCCACUGCACCACUCGCACAUUCCAGGCCCUGCCUUUGUUCUCAAGCCUGUCCGUCGCGGAUACUCGCUGGACGAUGUCUGCACCGACCGUGAGAUGAGCAUGAAGCACCGGACACCUCCCGCUCGCGCACCCGUUGAAGGCUUUGAGCAGAUGAACAAGAACGACCCCCGAUACCGUGAUGCCCUGGUCAACAUGCUCCCUAGUGAGCUGUCGUCGGACGCAAUCGAGCCACCCGAAGACGAUGAGGAGUCGGUCGUCGACGUCGACUCGCCGACGCGCAAGCGCGCCCGCUACAACAUCGAGCUCUCUGCACCUCGGCCCACUCUGCCUCCUAUCGGCCUUGGUCGUCCUAUCCAUCAACGCAGCGGUUCGCGCUCGAGCUUCGGGCGCGCGUCAAGCUCUGACGUGCUAGCGUGCUCGUCUCGCGCGCGUUUCCUCGCCAACAACCCAACGAGCAUCCCACCUCGGGCGGUGACGGAUCCUGUGCCGUCACGCAGUGCCUCGGCCGGCCCUAUGCUCUCUGCAGUGCCUGAGCACCAGCGUAACCAGGCGCGCCUUCCGCCCCUGGCGUCGGUCACCGACAUGGGCCGCAAGCGCAAGCUUUCGCGUGGCGGCUCGUGGUCUCAUCUACUUUCGAUCAAGCACCAAGACUCGUUUGACCGUGCGCGCGCGGAAGCGACCAUUGACGAGCGCCAGAGCACGUCCCCAGUGCCCGAGCAGACGCGUUCGCCCACACCGACCGAGCGCGAGUUGGUCUCACCUCGUAGCGAGGAGGCGAGCAUCAAGGGCGUCAGCAUGGCUCCGUCGUCGGCGAGUGCCAAGCUGCAGCUCGCUCCCCAGGGCCGCAGCAUCUACUCUUUCUCCAAGGAACUUGAGCCCGAGACGAAGCGCGGCGCUGCGGAGAUGGACGAGCACGUCAUUGAGGGCGCACAAGCGCUCAUGGAGCUGCUCCGUGGGCGGUAA